AUGAGCGAUCUUGCUUUCUUUGACAUCGUAGACCGAUUUUCGGCACUUUCUCAAACUCUUCUGUCGAAGGCGUCACAUCCUUCCCAGACUCAGACAAACUACACACGCGCUGUUCUGACAGACCCACUUAUCAAGUCGGUUCGCGAUGUGGACGACAUCGAAGCGGCUCUAUUUGUUGUCCAAGCUCCAUCUCCUGGUGUUGAACCGUCUGGGCCGGCAUUAGAUCUGAAACGAAGAGAGUCGGUCAAUGCCACCCCUCUCAGAAAAGCGCGCGAGGCACCACUUCAACUUUGGGACGCUGAGGAGUGCCUUGAAUCGGUCCUCAAACUGGGGGAGAAAUAUCAAAUCAUGCCCAGAGCCCAAGGGCAUGCGAAAGAACUGAUGAAAUAUGUUGGAACAUUGAGCCAAUCUAUCUCAAUUUUGGAACAUGAACUAAUGCUAGCAAAAAAACCUCUUAAACCAGUAAAUCCGAUCAGCUCAGCCAAGCAAGAGGAGAAACUUACUAGGGAAAUGGAGGCGCGUGUCGCGGCUGCCCGUAGGAAGCGCGAUGAGCUACUGGGUAAAAUCCGUAAACCGAGUGCUCGGGAGACUGGUCACACGACCGAGUCUGAUGCAUCAAUAUUCACGUCGCCUUCUACAAUUCGAACACUUUUGAAUUCAAGCCAGACCGGCGAUCCACCACCCGCCCCUCCACCACAGAGGAAGCUCACCACCGCCGAAGCAAUCGCCCAACGAAGGGCGGCCCGUCAGGCUACGAGAGAUGCCAAGCGUCCUCAGAAGUCCUCGCAGCCCCCGAGCGAAGAUGAAGUUGCCUUCUGGAGCGCCACCCCCCGCCCAGUAUCGUCGCAAUCUAAAGGCCCUAAGGGUGAAAGUGGGGGCGAGGAAACAGAAGAAACAUCAUCCGCGGGUGGUUCCCCCGUAAUGAGCGUCCCAAAUCCCUCCCUACGAUGGUCACUUGCAGGCCGUAAAGUGGCCCAACCAGAGGAAACAGAGACAGAGCUGGAAAGUAAAGAUGAAGAAGAGACUGAAGGGGACGGCGAUGCGACCGUGAUUCUGGGGGCUGAACCGAAGACGACGCAGCAAGAAGUUGCCCUUCCCCAACGGCGGGCUUUCUCGCUACUCCGCAAUCCACGAAACCCACAUUCCCGACUCACAGUUGAAGUGCAAGCAAGGAUACCUUCGGAAGUGGCCUCAAAAGUCCAGAGCAAACUGCCCACUCAGCAACAAGUCGAAUCAUCAGAACCCUCAAGUCAAAAGGACCAGGUUGAAACGUUCAUCAAGGUGCUGCCCGAGCCGGGGAUUCCCUCGCAGCCGUCGACUGGCGUCUCUCCCGAAGGAACGAGUGACAGUCUUCCUCUCCCUGUUACCCCCGAGGUCGAGUCGCAGAUAUCUCGAGUUUGGAAAACGGCAGGAGACAUUUUAAUACCUGACCACAAAUACGGUGUUGGACAGCAACGAGUUGGACCGCCGCCACCGGGAAGUCGGGAGACAAUUAAACUCCUCGUUGCACUGGAAGAAACACCGAUAUCCUCGAGUAAGAGCACAGACCUGGCGUUGCGAUCCGUUUUGUCAGAACACACGGCUACGCCUUCACCAAGUGUCACCACCGUCCAAGUUUUCACAGCGAAGAUAAUACUUCUGCUGCUCGCUGCUCUCCCGAACAAGGUAGAUCAAGUGCGACUCAAAGAAGCGCUGAAGGCCCACCCAUGGGCCGCAGUGGGCAUCGAGGGAACUGCAGACGCAAGUACCAAAGUGCUUUAUACGUGUAUGGGAAAAAAGCUGAUUGUUAUUGAGCGGAGAGAAGGAACGGUGCGUUUCGCAUCAUGAAUAAGUAAACAUGUUGUAUCCUCAGUCUGUGUCGUCCUCGAUAUUUUUAUGUCCUGUAACUGUCCUUGAACAUGGC